AGAGAGAAGCAGCACUCCCUUGCUGAGCACAGUGCACCUGAACAUUUACCACCAUUACACUGCUGGAGCUUACACUUGCUAUGUUUGUCCCAAUCUCUCUCCAGAAGAAGUUGGAAACCUGAUCACUUACUGAGGCCAGAAUGGUGGAAUGAAGCAGGAAGCCGCUGAAGCAAGCUGGAGAGCCAAGCCCUUUCUGGAGGAGCAGCCUCUGCUCUGCUCCAGAUAACUGUGGCAAGGCAGGAAUGUUGACCUACCGUUACCACACUCACUGUCCAGUUUCUCAGGCUACAUUGUUGGAAUUCUGAAGUCAUGAAAACACCAGAGGAACCAACCUGCAACACCUUGGAUUCACAUUGGAAAAUAAAGAGAAAGCUUAAAGAAUGUGGUCUAUAAAGGCAGGGGGCACCUAGAGACAGUAGCCAGCUGGUAGUGUCAGAGCAGACCCGUUUCUAGACAGUCAUUUUAGUCCAGUACCAAGGCUCAAGAAAGAAAUGUACAACUAAAAACUUUUAGCCCCUCCCUCCUCUGCUUCAGACAGGUACCAGCGUAGGCAAACUAUGAUUUUCCCUGGUUGAGAGUAUUUGUUUUUGUCCAUGUAGAUCAUGCCUAGGAAUGAAAUAUUUUUUAUUUAAUGUAGAUUAUAAUGGGAAACAUUUUCACGAUGGCAGAUUUCAAGGACUUGGUUCCAAACUGAGCCGAAGCUUCCCGAUGUGUUUUGUAGUCCAGGAAAACUGUGCUAUGCUGGCCCAGUUUUGAAGGCAACCAUGCUCUGUACUAGAAGGAUAUCAUCGCAUUGCUGAUAUCUUCGGAGCGCCCCAAGCAGACACAGAAAAUGAAUGGAGGCAAAGAGUGUGACGGAGGAGACAAGGAAGGAGGUCUUCCAGCUAUCCAGGUUCCUGUGGGUUGGCAGCGGCGCGUGGACCACAGCGGCGUGCUUUACGUCAGUCCCAGUGGGUCUUUGUUAUCUUGCUUGGAGCAGGUUAAAACAUACCUGCUUACUGAUGGAACAUGCAAGUGUGGCUUGGAAUGUCCUCUUAUUCUUCCCAAGGUGUUUAAUUUUGAUCCUGGAGCUGCUGUGAAGCAGAGAACUGCAGAAGAUGUUAAAGCGGAUGGAGACGUCACAAAGCUUUGCACCCACAAGAGGAAGAUCAUCGCCGUGGCCACACUCCAUGAAAGCAUGGAGGCCCCACACCCUUCUCUGGUGCUCACCAGCCCUGGAGGAGGAACAAAUGCAUCUCCGGUAGCACCUUCACGGGCAGCAGCUCCAAGAUCAGUAAGAAACAAGUCUCACGAAGGAGUUACAAACUCUGCAAUGCCUGAAUGUAAGAACCCUUUCAAGUUAAUGGCUGGAUCAGCAAAUGCCAUGGGAAGACUAUAUGUGCAAGACCUGCCUGGAAGCCAGCAGCAAGAACUCCACCCUGUCCACCCCCGACAGAGAUUGGGCAGCAGUGAACAUGGACAGAAAUCUCCAUUCCGUGGCAGCCAUGGAGGCCUACCCAGCCCAGCAUCAUCAGGUUCCCAGAUCUAUGGAGAUGGCUCAAUCUCUCCAAGGACUGACCCGCUUGGAAGCCCUGAUGUCUUCACAAGAAAUAACCCUGGUUUUCAUGGAGCUCCCAAUGCCAGUCCUAUUCACCUGAAUAGGACUCCUCUUUCUCCACCUUCAGUAAUGCUACAUGGUUCUCCAGUGCAGUCAUCCUGUGCAAUGGCUGGAAGAACUAAUAUACCUCUUUCCCCAACCUUGACUACAAAGAGUCCAGUAAUGAAAAAACCAAUGUGUAAUUUUUCAACUAAUAUGGAAAUACCACGAGCAAUGUUCCACCACAAACCACCCCAAGGCCCACCUCCCCCUCCUCCACCUUCUUGUGCUCUUCAGAAAAAGCCAUUAACAUCUGAGAAAGAUCCACUUGGCAUCCUUGACCCUAUUCCUAGUAAACCAGUGAAUCAGAACCCUGUUAUCAUUAAUUCAACCAGUUUCCAUUCAAAUGUCCACUCUCAGGUACCUGUGAUGAAUGUAAGCAUGCCUCCUGCUGUUGUUCCUUUGCCAAGUAAUCUCCCUUUGCCAACUGUAAAACCUGGUCAUAUGAAUCAUGGGAGUCAUGUACAAAGAAUUCAGCAUUCAGCUUCAACCUCCCUGUCCCCUUCUCCAGUGACAUCCCCAGUGCACAUGAUGGGGACUGGAAUUGGAAGGAUUGAGGCAUCGCCCCAAAGAUCACGCUCAUCUUCCACAUCAUCCGAUCAUGGAAAUUUCAUGAUGCCACCUGUAGGACCCCAGGCCACUUGUAGUGGCAUGAAGGUUCUGCCUAGGUCACCAAGGUCAACAAUAGGUUCCCCAAGGCCAUCAAUGCCAUCAAGCCCUUCUACCAAGUCUGAUGGACAUCAUCAGUACAAGGAUAUCCCUAACCCAUUAAUUGCUGGAAUGAGUAAUGUACUUAAUACCCCAAGCAGUGCAGCUUUUCCUGCCACAUCUGCCGGAAAUGGUUCUGUAAAGAGUCAGCCUGGUUUGCUGGGAAUGCCUUUAAAUCAGAUCUUGAACCAGCACAAUGCUGCCUCCUUUCCAGCAAGUAGUUUACUCUCAGCAGCAGCCAAAGCACAGCUAGCAAAUCAAAACAAACUUGCUGGUAACAACAGUAGCAGCAGUAACAACUCUGGAGCUGUUGCCAGCAGUGGCAACACUGAAGGACAUAGCACUUUAAACACCAUGUUCCCUCCAACUGCCAACAUGCUUCUCCCUACAGGUGAAGGUCAAAGUGGUCGAGCAGCACUAAGAGAUAAGUUGAUGUCUCAGCAAAAAGACUCGUUACGGAAAAGAAAACAGCCACCUACCACAGUGUUGAGUUUGCUCAGACAGUCUCAAAUGGAUAGUUCUGCAGUUCCUAAACCUGGACCCGACUUGCUAAGGAAGCAGGGGCAGGGGUCAUUUCCCAUAAGUUCAAUGUCUCAGUUACUACAGUCUAUGAGUUGUCAAAGCUCUCACUUGAGUAGCAAUAGUACCCCGGGUUGUGGGGGAUCGAAUACUGCUUUGCCUUGCUCUGCUAACCAGCUGCAUUUUCCAGAUCCUAAUAUGAAUUCCAGUGUUCUUCAGAACUCACUGACACAGAGCAUACCUUUAAGAGGGGAAGCCGUGCACUGCCACAAUGCAAACACUAACUUUGUUCACAAUAACAGCCCAGUCCCCAACCACCAUCUUGCAGGUUUAAUAAAUCAGAUUCAGGCUAGCGGGAACUGUGGGAUGCUCAGUCAGUCGGGCGUGGCUUUAGGAAACUCAUUACAUCCCAAUCCACCUCAGUCAAGAAUUGCAGCGUCCUCCACUCCAGUGAUACCAAACAGCGUUGUUAGCAGCUAUAAUCAAACAAGUUCUGAAGCAGGUGGUCCAAGCCUACCAUCUUCCAUAGCUAUAGCUGGCAGCAACCACCCUGCCAUCACAAAGACAACAUCUGUUCUUCAAGAUGGAGUCAUUGUCACCACUGCAGCUGGAAACCCACUGCAAAGUCAGCUGCCCAUUGGGAGCGAUUUUCCUUUUGUUGGCCAGGAGCAUGCCCUUCAUUUUCCUUCCAACAGCACUUCAAACAACCAUCUUCCACACCCCUUGAACCCCAGCCUCCUCAGUUCUCUACCUAUCUCUUUGCCAGUGAAUCAACAGCAUCUCCUAAACCAGAAUCUAUUAAAUAUCCUCCAGCCUUCAGCAGGAGAAGGCAAGUCUGAGAUCAACCUCCACCCUUUAGCUUUUCUCUCCGGUGACAUGGAUGGGCAGGUAUUGCAGCCUGUUCAUGUUCAGCUUUUAGCAGCCCUGCUGCAGAACCAAGCACAAGCAGCUGCCAUGCUCCCCCUGCCAUCUCUCAAUCUGACCAUCUCAGAUCUUUUGCAACAGCAAAAUACCCCUUUACCCUUAUUAACACAGAUGACAGCCCCAACAGACCGUUUGCCAAGCAAUCAGUCAGACAACAGCCGAGCUGAGACCCUUUUAACCAGCCCCCUAGGAAACCCUUUACCGAGCUUUACAGGCAGUGACACUACUUUUAACCCCCUGCUCCUCCCAGCUGUCACUGGGGCCUCGGGAAUAAUGGCCUUGAAUCCCCAGCUGUUGGGAGGUGUCCUGAACUCAGCAUCCGCCAACACCGCUAAUCAUCCAGAGGUUUCCAUAGCAACCUCCUCCCAGGCAACCACUACCACAACCACUACAUCAUCAGCAGUGGCAGCACUGACUGUCUCAACACUUGGUGGGACAGCAGUGGUGUCAAUGGCAGAAACAUUGCUGAAUAUAUCUAAUAGUGCUGGGAAUCCACCUGGUCCAGCUAAACUCAACAGUAACUCUGUGAUGCCACAGCUACUUAACCCUCUACUGGGGACAGGUCUGCUUGGUGACCUGUCUUUGAAUAACCACCAACUGAAUCACCUGCAGUCGCUGCUGAACAGCAGCCAGAUGUUUCCUCCAAGUCAGCCGCAGCAGCAGCACCUCCUCCAGGGACACCAGAACCUCCAGGCCUUCCAAGGACAGCCCACAGUCCCUUGUCCAGCUAACAGUAACCCCAUGGCUUGUCUGUUUCAGAACUUCCAGGUGAGGAUGCAAGGAGAUGCAGCUCUUGUAAAUAAAAGAAUAAGCACUCAGCCGGGACUCACAGCACUUCCUGAGAACCCAAACACUGCACUUCCACAUUUCCAAGAUGUACCUUGUGAACUGCAGCCAAGGAUUGACCCAUCUCUUGGUCAGCCAGGGAAGGACGGCCUCGUUAUGGGUGCCCAAGGUGAUGCCUCUGUAGAUGCCAUUUACAAAGCAGUUGUGGAUGCGGCCAGCAAAGGAAUGCAGGUUGUCAUCACCACUGCUGUCAACAGUACAACUCAGAUCAGCCCUGUUCCGGCUCUGAGUGCCAUGAGUGCCUUCACCGCCUCUAUUGGUGACCCGUUAAACCUGUCCAGUGCUGUAAGUGCGGUCAUUCACGGGCGGAGUAUGGGAGGAGUGGAUCAUGAUGGCAGGCUGAGAAAUGCAAGAGCGGCACGGCUACCCAAGAGUAUAGACCAUGGGAAAAACUCCAGCGAAGGAGAUGGGUUUGAGUAUUUCAAGUCAGCAAGUUGCCACACAUCCAGAAAACAAUGGGAUGGGGAGCAAAGUCACAGAGGGGAGCGAAACAGGUGGAAAUAUGAGGAAUUUUUAGAUCAUCCAGGCCAUAUCCACAGUAGUCCUUGUCGUGAAAGGCUCAACAAUGUCUCCACACUGCCAUUUCUAGCUGGGGAACAGCACCCAAUACUGUUACCACCAAGAAACUGUCAAGGGGAUAAAAUUCUGGAGGAAAAUUUCAGGUAUAACAACUACAAAAGAACUAUGAUGGGCUUUAAGGAGAGACUAGAGAACACUGUGGAGAGAUGUACGCACAUUAAUGGAAACAGACCUCGUCAGAGUCGGGGCUAUGGAGAGCUGCUAGGCACUGCUAAACAAGACCUAGUCCUAGAGGGGCAGUCUCCAGGUUCUUCGAAUAGUUUGGAAAGUUCUCUGGUCAAAGACUACAUCCAUUACAAUGGAGACUUUAAUGCCAAAAGCAUGAAUGGGUGUGUGCCUAGUCCCUCAGAUGCUAAAAGCAUUAGUAGUGAAGAUGACCUAAGGAAUCCAGACUCCCCCUCUUCACAUGAAUUGAUACACUAUAGACCAAGGACGUUCAACGUUGGUGACUUGGUCUGGGGCCAAAUCAAAGGACUGACUUCCUGGCCUGGAAAAUUCAUAAGAGAAGACGACGUUCACAACUCAUGCCAACAAAGCCCCGAGGAAGGGAAGGUGGAGCCCGAGAAGUUGAAGACCCUAACAGACGGUUUAGAAGCCUACAGCCGAGUCCGGAAAAGGAACAGAAAAAGUGGAAAGCUAAAUAACCAUUUAGAAGCUGCUAUUCAUGAGGCCAUGAGUGAGCUGGACAAAAUGUCUGGGACAGUUCACCAAAUCCCACAGGGUGACAGACAAAUGAGGCCCCCCAAGCCCAAGAGGAGGAAGAUCUCCAGAUAACAGAGACUGUUCCACUGGCACAGUGUUAUCAAGGGAGCAUGCACAGAUCCAUCUGUGUGUAGGUGUUGAUAUGGCCAUGGUGAGGUCAGAAUGUAAACUAUGGCAGAUAGCUACCACCACCACAGGGCGCCAAAAGGAGCAAUGAUGGAGAUGUGUUUUGAUCAGGAAGGAAAAUGAAUGUUGAAAACAAAACAAUCAAAAUCCCUGUAUGAACAAAGUGAUAAAUGGCCAAGUGAUAUUGCUGAGAAGCAUUUUCUAUUAUACUAAAAUUGUGAUUAUAAGAGAUAGUCCAAAUGUUUCUGAAGAAUUUUCAGUGUUGUAUAUAGAAAAUACAGAAUUUCAUGGCGAUAUUAGAAAUGUAAAUAUUGUACAAUAUUGUCAUGUACAAGCAUACUUAAUGCACACUUUAUCUUUUAUUGUACAAAGAAAUAGUGUACAAAAAUCUUUGGUUUCUAUGGAGUACACCUACCAGAGACUACCAGUGUAAAAUGAUAAAUAAAAAUACAACCUAAAUGCUUUUCUAUGAUAAUAUAACAGAUGCUGGUUUUGUAUUUAACAGCAGAGAAAAGGCACGAUGAUGUAAUACACAAAUCAUGGCAUACGCUGCACACCACUGAGUGUCCACUUACAAUGUCUCUUUAGCAGGAGCCUCAUAUAAAAGCACUAGACUCAGGUUUUGGGGUCUAAGAAGCCUGAAAAUUUCUGAGUGGAUUGAGGAUUCACAGGCCUAAAUCAAGAAUUCAGAAUCUCAACCAUUUGUUACAAUUUCACUGUUUCACAGUUUUGAACAUUUCUAUAAUGAAUUUGAGUCACUGUCCCUGCCUCCAUCCCCUUCUUUUACCACCCCCCCUCUUUACAGUGAGUCCCCUCCUAUUUUCAUGUCUUCCUGUGUGUGACCCACUGGAUGUGAUUAGAGUUUUUUGCCUGAGCAUGGGCGGGAGGUUAUUUACUAGAGCAAGGCAAGUUCUCAGUGGCUACACCAGGAGGGAAAAUGGCAUCAUCCCCUCACCCAGCAACCAUUAACUGCUAAUAGUCCCUCAUGGUGGAGUGAGACCACACGGGCCCCUCCGCCAUCCAUGAUGAAAUACUGAUAAGUUCAGUCAUGUGUAAGUCAUGGCCCCUCCAUCAACCAUGGUGAAAUACUGAUAAGUUCAGUCAUGUCAUAUGUAAGUCAUGGCCCCUCCAUCAACCAUGGUGAAAUACUGAUAUGUUCAAUCAUAUGUAAGUCAUGGCCCCUCCACCAACCAUGGUGAAAUACUAAGUUCAGUCAUGUCAUAUGUAAGUCAUGACCCCUCCACCAUCCAUGGUGAAAUACUGGUAUGUUCAAUCAUAUGUAAGUCAUGGCCCCUCCAUCAACCAUGGUGAAAUACUGAUAUGUUCAAUCAUAUGUAAGUCAUGGCCCCUCCACCAACCAUGGUGAAAUACUGGUAUGUUCAAUCAUGUGUAAGUCUUGUGCAGAUAACCAAAGCUGCGGGCUGGAGAGUGAUGGCUAUGGCGUACCCAGAAGAUACCUCCCUGUGCUCGGGCUCUAGUGUUCCUUCCGCCCCUUCUCCUACCUUGGAAAGGGGAUAUGGCUGUUCCACUUAGGAUGCUUUUUAAAACUAAGUUUUAAAAUAGAGUGGGUUUUAUAAAAUUUAAAGAACACUUAGAUGAACUAUUUUACUCCGUCAUUUAUUUAGUAAAUAUUUGAUAUCCACCAGUUGAACUAGCUAGCUUUCCACCAGCGAUGCUCAGAGUUUUUCUGCAGACAACGUCUGACGAAGUAAAGCUUCAUUUCCACACACGGAGGCAAAGGCCACGCAUUGCAGCCCUCAACAGACAUAAGUAAGGGUGAAGACAGUUCAGUUUUUAUUUUUUGUAAUGGGAAAAAUAAGUCAAACCGCAUAUCAUGCCAUUCAUUUCUGUCACUUUACACAGAAGAGAGAGCAGCUUACAAAAUUAUGAGCGGUGGUAAUUUUAUCAGUAUUACGUAACAUAUCAGAUUUAUUUUAUUUAAAGAAUUAUUUAUACCAUUCACAGAUUAUUUUAUAUAUAUAUAUAAAUGUGGCUGAAAUAUGUUGGUUACGUCUUAUUAGCCAAAUUAUUUUAUGUUAUAUUAAAUAAAAAAUGUGAAAUAAAUGUAGAAUAUUGCUACAUUACAAAUACACGAACCUAAAACUGUGAGUCUUCGUAAAGUGCAAGAUAACGAACAAUAACGGAGCACAGUGCAUCUCCUGUCUGUUGCACAAUUCUUUGUGAUGGUGGCAUAGACAAAAUUGCAGACCACCUGUUAGAGACUGUCAAAAGAAGGGAUAUGUUAUACCCUCUUUCUUGGAACCAGCCUCUACCCAAGACCCCCAGAGAGCACUGCCUGUCCCCUUGUCAUGGUCACUCUGUAGCCUGGCACUCAGCUGCUGGGAGAUUAUCCUCUACCAGACUCUGGACUGGAAACUACUGGUAUAGGAGGUCCGUCUGUAUUUGUGUUGCCUUUCACCUUCUAACCCUCUUCUUAAACUCCUCUGUCCCAUCAUGUAACAGAGUCCCAGUAACUCAGGGGAAAGGAGACAAAACUCAGAGUACACAAUACGCAUACACCACCAGAGUCUCUCUCUUUUCUUUUCUCUUUUAAGACAGGGUCUCUCUGUGAGCUCUGACUGUCUUGGAACUUGCUCCAUAGACCAGGGUGACCUCAGAUAGACAGAGAUCCUGCUGCCUCUGCCUCCCAAGUGCUGGGACUGAAGGUGUACACCAUAACACCAAUCCUCCACCAGGCUCACUUCUGAUAUCAGAGUUCUGAGAUUUCCCCCACACACACCUUUUACCUUUCUGUCUGUCCUGUCCCCACCUUGAUUCUUAUUCUCAAGCCUAAUAGAAUACCCAUGGCUGCAAUGGAAGUGCCUCCUGCAGUGGGUAUGGUUAUUUUAUCUUUGGGGAAGGUGGGAGGGGGUACCAGAGGGAGGGUCCCACAGCUGCCCAAGCCUUCAUUCAGUCACAUGAAGUAACUUUUGAUAUCGUAUAGUGGACAUGUUUUUGUUACAAGGUGAUGUAUGUGGUCUAUUUAAACCUCUGAUGCUUUUCUUUGGCAUCAACCUGCUUCUUCCUGUUCAUGCCCAUCGUUGUUUGUUCUCAGAGAGACGUGGGCAUGUCCGUGCACUCUGUGUGUCUGCAUGUGUGAUGAUGUACCUGGGCGUGUCCAUGCGCUUCGUGUGUCUACAUGUGUGAUGUGUUGCUGCUGUACAGAAGACUCUCUUACUUAGUCUUGGCUUUUGCGUCUUUAGACUGGGCAUGUCUGUGUGUUCCAUGUGUCUCCAUGUGUCUCCAUGUGUGAUGUGUUAUGUGGGCGUGUCCAUGCACUCGGUGUGUCUACAUGUGUGAUGUGUUACGUGGGUAUGUCCACGGACUCCAUGUGUCUACAUGUAUAAUGUGUUGCUGUAUAAAAGGCCUUGGCCUUUCCUUCUUUAGACUGGCUCCAACACACCUUCUUUGAGGAAUCUGAGUUAGUUCCAUUAGCAUUGUGGUAUACUCUGCAUCAGGGAACCAUGCAAAAUUUGUUUCUCCCAUGACCUCAUGGUUGCUGUUGCUUUGCCGUGGGUACAAGAUACGACUCCCUCUGUCCACGUGGGUCUUUCUCUUUUUCUCUUACAGUUUCAUGGUUUCAUAUAAGCAGGGAAUGUAAAUAGUGUCAGGAGUUUAGGUCAUACCAUGCUGUAACACUUUUUAAAAUGUUACACCUACUUUACAACUGAAAAAUUGCUCACUAUGCUUCAGUUCUUCCCAUAGAGCCAUUUCCUCCUCUUUCUACUAAAGCCAAUUUAUUUUUAAAUAAAAACUAGUCCUUGUAUGUUAGCAAAAUUUUUAUUUCCUAAAAUAACCUUUUUUCAAGAAAAAAAUCAAGCAUUAGGAAAUAAAAGAAAGCUUCAUCUUGGUUUUUUCCUUUAGAGAAUAUAAUAGUCCUAACUAGCAAAGGAAAUUUAAUCUAUUCCUUCAUGGCUCUGGGAUGCACACAGAGAACAGACUACACAUCUAAGUAGUGUUAACGCAUCAUUCCAAAUGAGUAAAAGUCAGCUGCGAAGGCCUUGUGUGAUUUGUUUUACAGUUUUCUAAGAAGUCCAGGACUUGUUUUUAAAAUCUUUUUAAAGGAAGAUUUUUGAAGCAUACUUUUCAGUUGCGCUUUGAAUGAGAAUGCUUGAGGAGCACCACCCUCUAUGAUGUCGUGAGCUAUGGUCAACCCUUUGUAAAAACCUGAUGUGGAGUUUUGCUGUCUGUCUGUAAAGUAAACAUGACCUCCUUACUUUAUAAUGCAGCAGCCAUGUGGGAGGAGCUGAAGCUGGUGGCUCACCGUCUGUGAGGUUUCUGAAGAUUCUCAGGUGAUAGCAAAACAUUGUCGUGAACCAUGGUGACCUUCCAUGCAGGGUUCAGCCUUCCUUUGCGAGUCAUACACAAUUUUGCAUUAGGAUUUAAGGCCUGGAGGAUGCUUAGGAUGUUGGCAGAACUAUUCUGUAUGAAAAGAAAGCUUAGAAUUCUAAGUCCCAAUUAAUACGUGCUUCCUUUGACCGUUUAUGCCCAAGUGACCUAACGCAAGACUCAAGGCUCAGCAGUGUAGAACAUAAAGUCCUGUAUGAAGAUGUGGACAAAAGAAACCAAGCAGUCACAGCGGUAACCCCAAGUUAGCCUAUCUUUUUCUUUGAUUCACUCUGUCAUGUUUGCGUUAGCCAAAGAUACAAGAACAUUAGUAAUUCAUAUGUGUAAGAAACCCAGAAGUGAGUAUUAAAUCAGUAAGCCAGAAAGCAGUAAACAGUGGAAUCCUGGGAAAUCCUGCUAACGAUGGGAAGUCUGAUACAGAAAAAAAUGUUGGAAGUAUUAUCUUCAAAUAUGAAAGUUAAUUUGUAUCUACUGUAGAUAUGUAUGAUACGCCUUAUCUGCUUUUAUACACACUGUGUGUGUACCUCAAUGACCUUUUAUAAACCUGAAAAAUGGUUGGUUUAAUAAUUUGUUAUGUAAAUACAAAGUUGUCUAUAAAUUGGAAAAUUUGAUGCCAUAUGGCUUCAUAAUAUACAAAUGUGUUUUUGUAACAUUAUGCCUUCAUGAGUUAAGUGUAAAUACUUUGAACUGUCUGUGUAGGAGGGUAGUGGUUUACGUCUCACUCACCUUUCAAAUGAAUAUCUUUGUCCAGAUGAUUAUACCAUCAGAAAAACAAAAUGGCCUGAAACUUUUCAAUGUGAAAAGCAAAUAUGGUUCCAGUUUCCCCAAGACCCCUUUUACAUGCAAAACCGUUGAACUGUGCUAAAUACCUUGUAUCGUGAGAUUUUCAUAAGAGAUUUAAUGGUCUAUGCCAGGGAUCCACGUAGGAAAACUUCCCAAAGUCAGCUCUUCUACUUGAGAGACAGCCCACAAAUCUUUAUUUGAAACAUGAAGAAGGGAAGAGCCCCAGCCUUCUACUGCUUUGCAGCUUACUCUUUUCUACUUUG